AUGUCGUUGUUCGGGAAACGCACCCCAGAUCAGUACUAUGCAUCCCGGCCAGUAGCAGCAGCAGUGAAAGGGUGUUCAGCGCUGCUGGACGCACCAUCAAGUGGUAUUGAACAUAUUUGGCGUACUUGGGAGAAAGAUCUCGGUAAUGAGUAUAUUGAUGGUGACUGUCUGUGUGGAUGCAGUAUUACAGAGAAACAGUGUCUCAUCCUGACUUCAGCUCUGAAAUCAAACCCAUCACAUCUGAGAGAACUGGACCUGAGCUGGAAUAAACUAGGAGACUCUGGAGUGAAAAACCUCAGUGAUCUACUGAUGAACACACAAUUCAAGCUGGAGAAACUACAGUUAAGCAGCUGUGAAAUGACAGAUGAAGGUUGUUCUGCUGUGACUUCAGCUCUGAAAUCAAACCCAUCACACCUGAGAGAACUGAACCUGAGCAGGAAUAAACUAGGAGACUCUGGAGUGAAAAACCUCAGUGAUCUACUGAUGAACACACAAUUCAAGCUGGAGAAACUAGUUCUGUGUAGAUGCAGUAUUACAGAGAAACAGUGUCUCAUCCUGACUUCAGCUCUGAAAUCAAACCCAUCACACCUGAGAGAACUGAACCUGAGCAGUAAUCAAAUAACAAACACAGGAUUGAAUCACUUAUGUGACGUACUGAAGGAUUCACACUGUAAACUGGAGAGAUUGAGUCUGUGUGAUUGCAGUAUUACAGAGAAACAGUGUCUCAUCCUGACUUCAGCUCUGAAAUCAAACCCAUCACACCUGAGAGAACUGAACCUGAGCUGGAAUAAACUAGGAGACUCUGGAGUGAAAAACCUCAGUGAUCUACUGAUGAACACACAAUUCAAGCUGGAGAAACUAGAUCUGGAUAAAUGCAGUAUUACAGAGAAACAGUGUCUCAUCCUGACUUCAGCUCUGAAAUCAAACCCAUCACACCUGAGAGAACUGAACCUGAGCAGGAAUGAACUAGGAGACUCUGGAGUGAAAAACCUCAGUGAUCUACUGAUGAACACACAAUUCAAGCUGGAGAAACUAGAUCUGUGUGGAUGCAGUAUUACAGAGAAACAGUGUCUCAUCCUGACCUCAUCUCUGAAAUCAAACCCAUCACACCUGAGAGAACUGAACCUGAGUGAGAAUCAAAUAAGAAACACAGGAGUGAAUCACUUAUGUGACGUACUGAAGGAUUCACACUGUAAACUGGAGAGAUUGAGACUUUCAGACUGCAGUAUCACUGAAGAAGGUUAUAAAGUUCUGGCUUCAGCUCUGAGAUCAAACCCUUCACACCUGAUAGAGCUGGAUCUCACAGGAAAUGAUCCUGGACAAUCAGGAGUGAAGGAGCUCAAUGAUUUACUACAGGAUCCAAACUGUCAACUCAAGACACUGAGGUUUUUGGGUCCUGCUGCAGAUGAAGCCUGUCAGUAUGUGACUGGAAUUGUGGGUAAAAACCCGUUACUCCUGAGAGAACUGAAUCUGAGUAAACACAAACUAGAAGACACACGAGUGAAUCAGAUCGCUGCUCUACUGCAGGAUAAACACUGUCAACUCGACACACUGAUUCUGAAUAACAACUGUAUCACAGAAGGAGGUUGUCAUGUUCUGGCUGCAGCUCUAAAUUCAAACCCUUCAAAUCUGACAGAGCUGGAUCUGAGUGAGAAUAAACUAGGAAACCCAGGAAUGAAGAUCAUCUUGACUCUGUUUGAAAAUGUACAGUGUAGACUGGAAAAGCUGAAGCUUUCAGACUGCAGUAUCACUGAAGAAGGUUAUAAAGCUCUGGCUUCAGCUCUGAGAUCAAACCCUUCACACCUGAUAGAGCUGGAUCUCACAGGAAAUGAUCCUGGACAAUCAGGAGUGAAGGAGCUCAAUGAUUUACUACAGGAUUCAAACUGUCAACUCAAGACACUGAGGUUUUUGGGUCCUGCUGCAGAUGAAGCCUGUCAGUAUGUGACUGGAAUUGUGGGUAAAAACCCGUUACUCCUGAGAGAACUGAAUCUGAGUAAACAUGAACUAGGAGACACACGAGUGAAUCAGAUCGCUGCUCUACUGCAGGAUAAACACUGUCAACUCAACACACUGAUACUUUCAGACUGCAGUAUCACUGAAGAAGGUUAUAAAGCUCUGGCUUCAGCUCUGAGAUCAAACCCUUCACACCUGAUAGAGCUGGAUCUCACAGGAAAUGAUCCUGGACAAUCAGGAGUGAAGGAGCUCAAUGAUUUACUACAGGAUGGACUUUGUUCAUUAAAGACCAUCAGGUUUUUGAAAAGUCCUGCUGCAGAGGAAGCAUGUGAGUAUCUCACUGGAGUUCUGGGUAAAAGUCCAUUACUACUGAAAGAACUGGAUCUGAGUGAAGAUAAAUUAGGAGAUCUGGAUGGGGAGAAACUCUCUGCUCUUUUGAUGGACUCUCAUAGCAAACUGGAGAAAAUAAUGCUGCAUAAUUGUGAGCUGACAGAGAAAAGCUGUUCAGUUCUAGCUACUGUUCUGUCCUCCAAAACCAUCCUGAAAGAGAUGAACCUGAACAACAGUCGUCUGCUGGACUCAGGAGUCAAAGAGAUCUGUGAGGGACUGAAGAAUCCUGUGUGUGAGCUGAAGAUACUGAAACUUUCAGACUGCAGUAUCACUGAAGAAGGUUAUAAAGCUCUGGCUUCAGCUCUGAGAUCAAACCCUUCACACCUGAUAGAGCUAGAUCUCACAGGAAAUGAUCCUGGACAAUCAGGAGUGAAGGAGCUCAGUGAUUUACUACAGGAUCCAAACUGUCAACUCAAGACACUGAGGUUUUUGGGUCCCGCUGCAGAUGAAGCCUGUCAGUAUGUGACUGGAAUUGUGGGUAAAAACCUGUUACUCUUGAGAGAACUGAAUCUGAGUGAACAUGAACUAGGAGACACACAAGUGAAUCAGAUCGCUGCUCUACUGCAGGAUAAACACUGUCAGCUCAACACACUGAUACUUUCAGACUGCAGUAUCACUGAAGAAGGUUAUAAAGCUCUGGCUUCAGCUCUGAGAUCAAACCCUUCACACCUGAUAGAGCUGGAUCUCACAGGAAAUGAUCCUGGACAAUCAGGAGUGAAGGAGCUCAAUGAUUUACUACAUAAUGGACUCUGUUCAUUAAAGACCAUCAGGUUUUUGAAAAGUCCUGCUGCAGAGGAAGCGUGUGAGUAUCUCACUGGAGUUCUGGGUAAAAGUCCAUUACUACUGAAAGAACUGGAUCUGAGUGGAGAUAAAUUAGGAGAUCUGGAUGGGGAGAAACUCUCUGCUCUUUUGAUGGACUCUCAUAGCAAACUGGAGAAAAUAAUGCUGAAUAAUUGUGAGCUGACAGAGAAAAGCUGUUCAGUUCUAGCUACUGUUCUCUCCUCCAAAACCAUCCUGAAAGAGAUGAACCUGAACAACAGUCGUCUGCUGGACUCAGGAGUCAAAGAGAUCUGUGAGGGACUGAAGAAUCCUGUGUGUGAGCUGAAGAUACUGAAACUUUCAGACUGCAGUAUCACUGAAGAAGGUUAUAAAGCUCUGGCUUCAGCUCUGAGAUCAAACCCUUCACACCUGAUAGAGCUGGAUCUCACAGGAAAUGAUCCUGGACAAUCAGGAGUGAAGGAGCUCAGUGAUUUACUACAGGAUUCAAACUGUCAACUCAAGACACUGAGGUUUUUGGGUCCUGCUGCAGAUGAAGCCUGUCAGUAUGUGACUGGAAUUGUGGGUAAAAACCCGUUACUCCUGAGAGAACUGAAUCUGAGUGAACAUGAACUAGGAGACACACGAGUGAAUCAGAUCGCUGCUCUAUUGCAGGAUAAACACUGUCAACUCAACUCACUGAUUCUGAAUAACAACUGUAUCACAGAAGGAGGUUGUCAUGUUCUGGCUGCAGCUCUAAAUUCAAACCCUUCAAAUCUGACAGAGCUGGAUCUGAGUGAGAAUAAACUAGGAAACCCAGGAAUGAAGAUCAUCUUGAAUCUGUUUGAAAAUGUACAGUGUAGACUGGAAAAGCUGAAGUUCAAGUGCAUCAGUAUUACAGAUGAAGGUUGUGCUGCUCUGGCCUCAGCGUUUCAUUCAAGCCUCAGAGAGCUGGAUCUGAGCAGGAAUCAAAUAGGAGACUCUGGAGUGACAGAAAUCUCCAGUCUGCUGAGAAAUUCACAGUGCACACUACAGAUACUCAGACUUUCAGACUGCAGUAUCACUGAAGAAGGUUAUAAAGCUCUGGCUUCAGCUCUGAGAUCAAACCCUUCACACCUGAUAGAGCUGGAUCUCACAGGAAAUGAUCCUGGACAAUCAGGAGUGAAGGAGCUCAAUGAUUUACUACAGGAUGGACUCUGUUCAUUAAAGACCAUCAGGUUUUUGAAAAGUCCUGCUGCAGAGGAAGCAUGUGAGUAUCUCACUGGAGUUCUGGGUAAAAGUCCAUUACUACUGAAAGAACUGGAUCUGAGUGGAGAUAAAUUAGGAGAUCUGGAUGGGGAGAAACUCUCUGCUCUUUUGAUGGACUCUCAUAGCAAACUGGAGAAAAUAAUGCUGAAUAAUUGUGAGCUGACAGAGAAAAGCUGUUCAGUUCUAGCUACUGUUCUCUCCUCCAAAACCAUCCUGAAAGAGAUGAACCUGAACAACAGUCGUCUGCUGGAUUCAGGAGUCAAAGAGAUCUGUGAGGGACUGAAGAAUCCUGUGUGUGAGCUGAAGAUACUGAAACUUUCAGACUGCAGUAUCACUGAAGAAGGUUAUAAAGCUCUGGCUUCAGCUCUGAGAUCAAACCCUUCACACCUAAUAGAGCUGGAUCUCACAGGAAAUGAUCCUGGACAAUCAGGAGUGAAGGAGCUCGAUGAUUUACUAGAGGAUCCAAACUGUCAACUCAAGACAGUGAGGUUUUUGGGUCCUGCUGCAGAUGAAGCCUGUCAGUAUGUGACUGGAAUUGUGGGUAAAAACCCGUUACUCCUGAGAGAACUGAAUCUGAGUGAACAUGAACUAGGAGACACACAAGUGAAUCAGAUCGCUGCUCUACUGCAGGAUAAACACUGUCAACUCAACACUCUGAUUCUGAAUAACAACUGUAUCACAGAAGGAGGUUGUCAUGUUCUGGCUGCAGCUCUAAAUUCAAACCCUUCAAAUCUGACAGAGCUGGAUCUGAGUGAGAAUAAACUAGGAAACCCAGGAAUGAAGAUCAUCUUGACUCUGUUUGAAAAUGUACAGUGUAGACUGGAAAAGCUGAAACUUUCAGACUGCAGUAUCACUGAAGAAGGUUAUAAAGCUCUGGCUUCAGCUCUGAGAUCAAACCCUUCACACCUGAUAGAGCUGGAUCUCACAGGAAAUGAUCCUGGACAAUCAGGAGUGAAGGAGCUCAAUGAUUUACUACAGGAUCCAAACUGUCAACUCAAGACACUGAGGUUUUUGGGUCCUGCUGCAGAUGAAGCCUGUCAGUAUGUGACUGGAAUUGUGGGUAAAAACCCGUUACUCCUGAGAGAGCUGAAUCUGAGUGAACAUGAACUAGGAGACACACGAGUGAAUCAGAUCACUGCUCUACUGCAGGAUAAACACUGUCAGCUCAACACACUGAUUCUGAAUAACAACUGUAUCACAGAAGGAGGUUGUCAUGUUCUGGCUGCAGCUCUAAAUUCAAACCCUUCAAAUCUGACAGAGCUGGAUCUGAGUGAGAAUAAACUAGGAAACCCAGGAAUGAAGAUCAUCUUGACUCUGUUUGAAAAUGUACAGUGUAGACUGGAAAAGCUGAAACUUUCAGACUGCAGUAUCACUGAAGAAGGUUAUAAAGCUCUGGCUUCAGCUCUGAGAUCAAACCCUUCACACCUGAUAGAGCUGGAUCUCACAGGAAAUGAUCCUGGACAAUCAGGAGUGAAGGAGCUCAGUGAUUUACUGCAAGAUCCAAAGUGUCAACUCAAGACACUGAGGUUUUUGGAUCCUGCUGCAGAUGAAGCCUGUCAGUAUGUGACUGGAAUUGUGGGUAAAAACCUGUUACUCCUGAGAGAACUGAAUCUGAGUGAACAUGAACUAGGAGACACACGAGUGAAUCAGAUCGCUGCUCUACUGCAGGAUAAACACUGUCAACUCAACACACUGAUACUUUCAGACUGCAGUAUCACUGAAGAAGGUUAUAAAGCUCUGGCUUCAGCUCUGAGAUCAAACCCUUCACACCUGAUAGAGCUGGAUCUCACAGGAAAUGAUCCUGGACAAUCAGGAGUGAAGGAGCUCAGUGAUUUACUACAGGAUGGACUUUGUUCAUUAAAAACCAUCAGGUUUUUGAAAAGUCCUGCUGCAGAGGAAGCAUGUGAGUAUCUCACUGGAGUUCUGGGUAAAAGUCCAUUACUACUGAAAGAACUGGAUCUGAGUGGAGAUAAAUUAGGAGAUUUGGAUGGGGAGAAACUCUCUGCUCUUUUGAUGGACUCUCAUAGCAAACUGGAGAAAAUAAUGCUGAAUAAUUGUGAGCUGACAGAGAAAAGCUGUUCAGUUCUAGCUACUGUUCUCUCCUCCAAAACCAUCCUGAAAGAGAUGAACCUGAACAACAGUCGUCUGCUGAACUCAGGAGUCAAAGAGAUCUGUGAGGGACUGAAGAAUCCUGUGUGUGAGCUGAAAAUACUGAAACUUUCAGACUGCAGUAUCACUGAAGAAGGUUAUAAAGCUCUGGCUUCAGCUCUGAGAUCAAACCCUUCACACCUGAUAGAGCUGGAUCUCACAGGAAAUGAUCCUGGACAAUCAGGAGUGAAGGAGCUCAAUGAUUUACUACAGGAUCCAAACUGUCAACUCAAGACACUGAGGUUUUUGGGUGCUGCUGCAGAUGACGCCUGUCAGUAUGUGACUGGAAUUGUGGGUAAAAACCCGUUACUCCUGAGAGAGCUGAAUCUGAGUGAACAUGAACUAGGAGACACACGAGUGAAUCAGAUCGCUGCUCUACUGCAGGAUAAACACUGUCAACUCAACACACUGAUUCUGAAUAACAACUGUAUCACAGAAGGAGGUUGUCAUGUUCUGGCUGCAGCUCUAAAUUCAAACCCUUCAAAUCUGACAGAGCUGGAUCUGAGUGAGAAUAAACUAGGAAACCCAGGAAUGAAGAUCAUCUUGACUCUGUUUGAAAAUGUACAGUGUAGACUGGAAAAGCUGAAACUUUCAGACUGCAGUAUCACUGAAGAAGGUUAUAAAGCUCUGGCUUCAGCUCUGAGGUCAAACCCUUCACACCUGAUAGAGCUGGAUCUCACAGGAAAUGAUCCUGGACAAUCAGGAGUGAAAGAGCUCAAUGAUUUACUACAGGAUGGACUCUGUUCAUUAAAGACCAUCAGGUUUUUGAAAAGUCCUGCUGCAGAGGAAGCGUGUAAGUAUCUCACUGGAGUUCUGGGUAAAAGUCCAUUACUACUGAAAGAACUGGAUCUGAGUGGAGAUAAAUUAGGAGAUCUGGAUGGGGAGAAACUCUCUGCUCUUUUGAUGGACUCUCAUAGCAAACUGGAGAAAAUAAUGUGAGUGAACAUGAUUUAUACAUUGAAACCUCUUUGAUUAUUCAUUAUUAAAGACUGUCAGUCACAUGUGUAAUCAG